AACCAGUCGCUUUCAAACACCCGAAGUAAACAAACAUCGCUUGCCUCAACGUGUAAAUUUGACAGAAGGAAAUUUUACUGUUAGGGAACACACGAUAUCGAAUGCUUGCUUGAAUUUUUGUAAAGAAAUUUAAUUUUUGAUAAUAUGUUUAAUAUAACAACACUACUACAAGCUGCUGAAUAUCUAGAAAGACGUGAAAGAGAGGCAGAGCAUGGCUAUGCAUCCACAGCUCCUAUGCCAGAUUAUGUGAGCAAAAAGAAAAUCAAACCAAAGAAAUCUCAGGGUAAUAGAUCUACACACAAUGAGCUGGAGAAAAACAGACGAGCACAUUUAAGAUCAUCUUUAGAAACAUUAAAAGAUUUAGUUCCAUUGGGGAAUGAUCACACACGCCAUACAACAUUAGGACUUCUUACAAAUGCCAAAGGAUUUAUCAGGAACCUAGAAGAUAAAGAAAAAAAAUAUAAUCAACAGAAGGAUCAGUUGAAAAGAGAACACCGAUUUUUGCAGCGUCGUUUAGAAAGUUUAAUGGAAGGCCAGUACCGAGUUCCACAUGAAAGAAGUAUCAGUGAAUGUAGUACGGCAACAAGCUCUACCUCCUCAACAUCUGAGUCAGAUGAAAUAGACAUCCUUGGUUAUGGGAGUGGUCAAAGUGAUACAGAUGACCACAGCAGCAUUGAAAGUGGCAGCGACGGCUAUACAGGAGCCGCUAAACGUCUAGUUUUAAGUUCUUCCUCCCUGGAUUCCCUGUGAGGAUGGUAGAAACCUGUCUCUUGGGGACAGGUCCUGUAUGUUUGGAUAUAUAUAUAUGAUGAAUGAUGAUAUUAUCAGAUCUGUUAGCACAGACAGUUAGACUUUUAUUAUUUAUUUGAUUGUAUGAAGAUGUGUAAAUCUCUUUUUUGUUAAAUUUUGAUGUUGUAUUGUGAUGACCUGAGAGAUUGGAAAUGAUGAAUUAAUGUGCAUGAUGAAGGGAGAUAACUAUUGAAGAUUUUAUGUAUUUCUUGCCCUAAUAUUUUGUUGGAUCACUCUAAUCGUGUAGUAUUAUAACUUUAUAUGACAACAGGCAAUAAACAAGUGCUUGGUGAAUGUAAUGAUUAUUUUAGAAGUUAUCUCCCUUUGUCAUGGUGAUCAUAACUGUCUUUAAGUGUAGAGGGUCUAAACUUAGCUGAUCUCGGUGUUGCCUCCCUUAGUGAUAGGACGAGGCAGACCCAAAAUGUACAAAAUAAAAUGGUGCAAUAGUAUACCUCCCAGCAAAUGGUAUACUUGAGUGACUGACCCUUGUACCCACCUUUUGUCACAUGACCUGGAGUUGGUAUAACUAAACACCAUUGAAAGGUUUUGUAAGGUGUUAGGCAGCAAUUUCCCAAAAAAACAAAAGACAAUUCUACAGUAUCUUUAUUGUGACAUGUCUGUAUAUAUAUUUAUUUAUCUAAUUUAUUGUUUUUAUCUUCCAGUAAGUUAUUUUAUUGUUGAAAUUUUUAGUAAUAGUUGGAGCAUCAACUAAAAUUUCGUAGUGAAAAUUUUGUCUAUUUUUAAAGCAGAGGUUGAUGCUUCUAGCUGCAUGAACAAAUUUGUUUUGGUUUUAAAAAAUACAACUUUAAGCUGAUAGCUGUGAUAUCCUCUCUACUUAAACCUUUGUUUAUUGAAAUGAAUGCUCCACAUGAAAUACUUUUUCAUUUAAAUCUUAGUUUGAACUUAUUAAUUGGAUUUGUAUAUAGAAUUUUAUCUCCAAAGACGCAAAUAGAUUGUAAAAAGGCAUUCCAGCAGUGGUCUAUGUCUUCAAUAGAUAUUUUAUUUCUGUUUACCAAUGACACAAUAGGGUAGAAUCACAAGUGCCCGGUGAUGUGAUUAUUAUUGUUGUUUUAGUUGAUUUUUGUUAUUGAAAUCUCAAAUGGGGGAAAUGAUGUUAUGAAAAAGGGGGGUUAUUUAUUCCAAAACUGAAAGAAAAAAAGUUGAUUGUAUAAUUGCUCUACAGUAUAAAAUAUUCGGUUACGACGAAAUUUCCUUAUUCAAAAUUUCAUAAUUAUGAACUUUUAGUAAUAGUAAUAUCAGUUAUAUGAUAUAUUUAAAAAAAAAUUAAAAGUUAAAUAAAGAAAAAAAAGAUUUUUUAUUUUUUUUAAACUUGAAAAAUGUUUAGAAUUAAUUAGUAUUAUUUUUGUGUAAUGUCCCUAUGAUGGUACCCAGUGUAAAAAAAGAGGGGGGCUUUAUUUUUCUUUUCUUCUACAUGUUCACUUUCAAAUUCAAAAAUAAUUUAAUGGUGCCAAAUAUCCAAUUUGCAAAAAAACUGCUUAAAAGGAGAAAAGAAAUAUAUAAAUGGACAAAAUGUUGAUCUGAUGUAUAAAGAUCCCACAUAUGUAUGAUGAAAAUGUAAGCGAAUUGUUCAAUCAAAAUAUUUAAAUUGGUCUGAUAGUUAAUGUUCUACAAUUGAUGUCAUUUGUGAAGACAAAAUACCAGAAAAAAUGCAUUAAUGAAAAAAAAUACUCUCUGCAAGAUUGUAUAUCCAGAAAGGGGGAAAAAGUGCUAAAAUUUUGUAACUUACGCAUAAUACAAGCUAUUAGUGUGCAUGUUUAAAGGUGUUAAAAGUGGGAUAGAUAUAAGAUGCCAUGUUGCUCAAUUGCAUAUUUGAGCAUUAUUUACAAAUGUGACCAAAUAUGUCAAUAGAGUUUUUUCAGUAACAUCUUUUCUAUUGGUUUAUUUGUAUUGCAUGCAGAUGAGUUUGUAUUUUCCAAAUUUCAUACAUGAUACACCAGCAUCAGAUGUGUGUAAGUGACACACCAGCGUCAGAAGUGUGUAAAUGACAAUUGUGUAAUGUGAUUAUGCAAAUGUAAGAUGACGGCAGUCCCAAAUCAACAUUCAUUUUGCAAGAAAAAUACCUGUGAAGAAUCAUUUGACCAUCUUAUGUGAACUGUGUUAAAACACAUGGAUACUGUAUGAAUUUUCCAUUGUUUAAUUGUACUAAAUAAUUAUAAAUGUGCAUGUGUUAGUUUAGAGAGUAAUAUAAGUGUUAAAUGUUGGUACAAAUGGCAAUGUCAUCAGUUGUUUUAUUUUUCUCAUCAGAGAAUUAAAAGUCUAUUAAAUUUUUAUUUAUAAAAAAA